AUGCGCUUCCAGGGCCUGAUUCCCGCCCUCCGCAUCUUCGCACUACCCCUCCGAUCGCACUCCGUCCGAGCCCUCCAGCGACCUCCUCUCCCCAUCCCCAGCGCAACUGUCCUCAAAGCCGGUCCUACGAUCCCCUUUCUCGGCGCAUUAUUCGGCUCUAGCGCGAAAACCGACUCCCAGUCCAACAACAUGUCCUAUCCCGACCAGCGCAGUGACGAUGCUUGGCAAGCUGUGCUAAGUCCUGAGCAAUUCAAAAUCCUCCGCCAAAAGGGCACGGAACGACCCUUCACGGGCGAAUACGAUGCUCACUACCCUUCUCAGGGAGUGUAUAACUGCGCGGGAUGCGACGCGCCGUUGUACAAGGCAACACACAAGUUCAAGUCGGGAUGCGGGUGGCCUGCGUACUUUGACUCCAUCCCUGGAGCUGUUACAAGACAUACGGAUCGGUCAUUUGGAAUGGAGCGCACGGAGAUUGUGUGUAGCAACUGUGGGGGACAUUUGGGACAUGUGUUCAAGGGAGAGGGAUAUCCGACUCCGACUGAUGAGAGACAUUGUGUGAAUAGUGUUAGUUUGCGGUUUAAGGAGGAUGAAGGUCAGGGGAAGUAA